AUACUUCCAUGUUUAUCUGUACGGAGUGCCUUGGACCUAUAUCUUCUGGUUCAAAAUUACCCGCCUGGAUCAGAAGUCAUCAUGUCUGCUAUAAAUAUUCCUCAAAUAGCUGAAGUCGUAAAGCAUCACAACCUCACCAUCAUCCCUCUUGAUAUUUCUAUAGAAACAGUUUCGCCUAAAAUUAACCUUUUGGAAUCUCUUAUCACUCCAAAGACUGUAGCCGUGCUUGUGGCACAUCUGUAUGGGAAAAGGAUUGAAAUGUCACCAAUUCUCAAAAUUGCUAAAACUUUUAAUAUAUCUGUUAUAGAAGAUUGUGCAGAAUAUUUCCAGGGAUUAAACUAUUUGAGUGAUCCGGAAUCUGAUGUAGCAUUGUAUAGUUUUGGAUCUAUCAAGUUUUUUACUUCAUUUGGAGGUGGUGUAGCCAUUAUAAAAAAUCAACAUGUACAUCACAAGAUGAUGGAAAUUCAAAAUAAAUAUCCUGUGCAGAGUAGACAGUCGUAUUCACAGAAAGUCUUUAAAUUGUAUUUAUGGCAUAAAGUACAGACUUCCCCUACCCUAAUAACAUUAUUCAUAAAAUUAUGUCUAAGUUUAGGCUACGACUAUCAAGAUGUAUUUGUAAAAAUGUUACGUGGAUUUCCACAUAAUCUGAUAGACAAUAUCCGUUACCAGCCUUCAACAAGUCUGCUGUCCAUGAUGUUACAUCGACAAUCUACGAUAGAUCUUGAGGACUUAGCUAAACAACGCACAAAGGGUCUAUACGUUUUGAAUCGUUUACCACCAGAAAUAGAAACAGUAGGAAGACUAUGUGAUAUGAACAAUUUUUGGUUAUUUCCAAUUCUCGUGGAAAAUCCAGAUUUGUUUGUGGCUACAAUUCGAGCUUUAGGCGUUGAUGCUUAUCGAGGUGCAACUCAGUUAAAUUUGAUUGAAGAAGACAGAUUUAAAUCUCAAAAUGGUGAACAAAUUCAACCAAAAACCACAACAGAUGUAAUGUUUUACCCACAUGAAGCUAAAUAUUUGAUAGAUCACGUGGUCUACCUGCCAGUCCACAAGCAUGUUCCCUAUCCUGUUUUAGAUGAAAUUAUCAAACAUGCUAAGAACGCCCUGAAUAUUAAUAAAAAUCAUUUCAAGAGAAAGCCUGCAAUUACAUCCAAAUUAUAG